CGCAGGGAAAGCCCCGCGGUAUAGCUGCCGCGACCCCAGCUUGUGCCUGCCCCGCGCUGCAGCCUGGCAGGCAGCAGCUCCGCAGAGUCAGAGCAGGGGAGGCGGGGCGCCUGAGAGGCUCUGCUCACUGUGGGCUGGGCUGGGAGAGGUGUGUGCCGGGAUCCUGGAUCCCGGCGCCCUUCAGCUGGGGUGAGCGGCUGCUCUGUAAAGAGCGGUCAGACAGCAGCUUCCCAAAACGCCUGGUCGCUCGGCAAGCCGGUUCCCAGAGCUCUCGAUCGCAGAGCCGCGUGGUGGCGCAGAGCCGCGGGGGCCCCGGCCGGCUAGGAGCGGGCGCCGUCCCGCAGCAGUGGGGCUCAGGCUCCGGCUUGUCACGAGUGCACCCGCCGGGGCCGAGAUCGAGUGCGGACCCCGCCUGCCCGCACUCCGGUGUCCCCUCUGUCCCACUCUGGGAGCGAUGCCCCCCGCCCCCCACAUCCCCGGAGAACGACGCGAGCAUGGAAAAGUCGAGUAGUGAGGACUCUUCGAUCCACCGGAGUCCAUCUUUGGACAGCAAGGACUCGGACUUCGCCAAGCCAUCCACCUCAGGCCGCCCAUUCGGUCACGGCUUCACGGCCGGCGCCUUCUACGGCACUGCUGGCUCCCGGGGCCAGAGUCACGCCGAGGCCGGUGUUAAAACCGACAAAUACAAUGCACCCAAAGGCAGCAAGUACGUGGUGUUUUACCUGGACCUGUCCUUUGUGUUCCUCCUAGAAUUUAAGAAGUGCAACAUGGCCAGGGGCUGCCUCUGCUGCUUGAAGUAUAUGAUGUUCCUCUUCAAUUUAAUAUUCUGGCUCUGUGGCUGUGGGCUGCUUGGAGUAGGCAUCUGGCUCUCCGUGUCCCAGGGCAACUUUGCCACCUUCUCCCCCAGCUUCCCCUCGCUCUCCGCAGCCAACCUCGUCAUCGCCAUCGGUACCAUUGUUAUGGUGACAGGCUUCCUUGGCUGCCUAGGAGCCAUCAAAGAAAACAAGUGCCUCCUGCUCAGUUUUUUCGUCGUCCUGUUGAUCCUCCUCCUCGCAGAACUGAUCUUGCUCAUUCUUUUCUUUGUCUACAUGGACAAGGUGAAUGAGAAUGCCAAGCAGGACCUGAAGGAAGGACUGCUUCUCUAUAACACUGAGAACAACGUGGGGCUCAAGAAUGCCUGGAACAUUAUCCAGGCUGAGAUGCGAUGCUGUGGGGUCACUGACUACUCAGACUGGUACCCAGUGCUGGGGGAGAACACAGUGCCUGACCGUUGCUGCAUGGAGAAUUCCCAGGGCUGUGGGCGAAACAGCACUACCCUUGUGUGGAAAACGGGCUGCUACGAGAAGGUGAAGAUGUGGUUUGACGAGAAUAAGCACGUGCUCGGCACAGUGGGAAUGUGUAUCCUCAUCAUGCAGAUCCUGGGCAUGGCCUUCUCCAUGACCCUGUUCCAGCACAUCCACCGGACAGGGAAGAAGUAUGAUGCGUGAGCAGGCUGGCGGAGACCCCGCCCACUGGACACUGGAGGGGAGAAGGCUGAGCUCAGUGUCUCCUGCCUGUACCCUCGUGGCAGCCACCCCCACCCCCUCUCCCUUCCUCAGCCUCAGUGUGGACUUCUCAGAGGCAGAAGGCUGGGGAGGAUGCACACACAGAGACUGCGGGGCACUGGGCACUGGGCCCUGCAUCUGCACAUUUGCCAAAGACUGUGGUUGGGGGUGUUGAGGAGGCUGGCACCGAUGGGUUUCUGUCCUGCCCUUCUUUACCCUGACAUGUUGUCCCCGAGUGGGUAAGGAGCAGGAUGCUCCCCGGGGCAGCACUGUCCCCCUACAUGGGCUACUGCUGUCUGUGUCCGCCCGGCAGGGUCUGCCCCCUGCAAGCAAGGCCCUGAGCAUGGUGCCCAGGCUUUUUAUACCUGACAGUGUAACUUUUUUAUUUUACUCUGAUUAUGAUUAUUCAGGAAUAUUAUAUCUCAGAUAAGUUUAGGGUUAGCUUUCUGACUUAUAACUUUUUAUCUGUUGAUUUCCUUAGGUGUGAGUUUCCUUUCCUGUGGGUGGGCAUGGGUAAGGAGACAACAUUGUCCAUCCACUUUGCUUCAGGACAUACCUGUUUGACUCUUGGGUGGCUGUAGGGUGAGACAUACCACGCGUUAUGGAGUGUACUGAGAAGGGGCAGGUGAGCAGCAUGGGAGGGCACCUUUCAGACGGGUGACAGCAGAGAGUCCAGUGCAGUGGGGAAUGUGGGGCCAGGGGCUGGUGAAACACUUUGCCAGGAGCUUGAUGUGAGCUGGCAGGGUCCUUGCCCUUUCUGACAAUGGUCAGUGUGUGGUGUCUUCUCCUGCUGCCCUCUACACGGUAAGGCAUCAUGAUCUCCUGCUGGGUGCUGUCCCCGAGCAAGUAACCAUGAGCCCUGUGACUUUCAGACAUUCCUGCUGUAGACUCUCAGACGGACACCUCCAGUUCUGGCUUGGAUUCAUCUUUACCUUGUUGUGGGACAGGGAAGCUGUCCCCAUGUCUGGCUGCUCAGAUGGCACAGAGGACCCGAAAGCCUCAGGAGGGGAUGGCAGACCUGGCCAGGUUCUCAGGGCUACUGACUGCCCUGCCCAAAUCUCCUUCCUGGAGCCCACUGCCAUCAGCUGAGUUGUGAAUGGCCGUCACAUCCUGUGUGAUCCCAUAAAGCACAGAAAACCCACCGGGCCAGGUUGACCUGUCACAGCAUUUCUAGGGAGAAAGCAGUGAGUGUUUGAACAGUGGGGAAGUGGUUGAGGUGCGGCAGGGUACCCCAUCAGCACCACUGGGGCUGGGCUUGGAAGGGCUGCAACCACUGAGAGGAAAUUGGUCUUCCCUGGACAGCUGCCUUCACCCACUAGAGUGGGACUGCUCCAGCCUCCCCUGCCUGCCACCCGCCACCCCGAAAUCCUCCACCACACUUAACACAUGGGUCGGGACCAGGGUGUUUUGGGACUCCGGUUUUGGUGUCGGGAGUUGGAGAGGAGAGUGGUCUCAGCAGGUUGGACAGAGGCAGGACUGUGGUGUGGGUGGAAAUGCUGAGAAGGCAGGAUGGGGCAAGUGCACAUUUGAAUGAAGUCGCCUUUCCCUGAACUCUGGUGCAUCUUCCCAGCAAGGGGCCACAUAGCUGCCUCCCCUGGGACCCCAGAAUAAAAGGGCAGGGCAGAACCAUCAUCAUUGUAAACAUUUGGCAAACAAGUUGGUGUCAAACGGGAUUGGUGUGUCAUGUUUUUGCUGUGGAUAGGUGGGUUUGUUUAUGCCUAUCAAUGCAAUUUUUAAUUUUUUUUUAAUAGCAGAAGCAUUGGAGGCAUAAAGCCUCCCUGGCAUCUUAGGUUUCUGGAGUCUUUUACAGCCAUCCUCAGCCCCACCUCAUCCAUCCAUCCCAGACCCUCAUCUACAAGCGCCUUCUUGCCCCACUUAGUGGAGCUGCUGAGUUGUUUGGCCGAGACUGUAUGGGGCAGAGUCUCCACACACAGAGUGGGUGUUCUCUUGAGCCCCUGCCCAUUCCAGGCCACCUGGAAGGCCCACGGAGUGAUGCCACAGGAGGUGGCUGAGCGUCUUUUGGUUUCUCCUGAUUGCCAUCUCGCUGGGAUGGAAUUCCAGAAUGAUGCCCUCACUCUCAGCUCCCCUGGCCAAGGUCAGAGUUCUGUUCCAUCAGGGCUGAUGCAAGCAGUUGACAGACUUGACUCAGAAAGUCUCUUUGGGUUUGUAGGUAACUUCCAGGGAAUGCCUGACAGACUUGGCAUUUCUCUGUGGCAUCUUGUGGAGGGCUGAGAGUGUGGUGCUGAAGACUGCCUUGGAGUGGCCAGCAGCAGGUGGUAGCCACUCAUCACCCAGCCAGCCUGGGCCUGCACCUUGGGCCUUCACUCUGGGGAGAUUGCUGACCACCACAUCCUAGGUCCCUUGUGUGGUUCUGGUUUGAUGUGGAGUUAGGAGGCCAUGCUUCCAGGCCAUGGUGGCUACAAAGCAGCCCAGGUGGCUGGAAGUGACUGUCUCCUCUCCUCCAGCCCCCUGCCCACCCUCUGGUGGAGGUGCUAAUUAGCAGGGACACAGCACAGGAUGGGAGCCAGGUGCUGGCUGCUUGGGGCUUGUUAUUGGCCCCUUAGUCCUUCAGCGUCUGGUGGCUCCCCUGGCGUCCCUGUUCCCUCAUCUUCCCCUCUGUUGCAGUGAGGCCAUAGUCCAAGAUGUGUCCUGGCCUCCCAGCCUCUCCGGGCCCUGCCCAUGCUCUAAGCACCAGCUUGCCUGCCCCAGGGCAAUGUGGGGGAGCCAGGAGUACACGCUUGCUGGUUUCUGAUGCACUUUUCUGCUUGUGACACCUGUCUCUACAUCUCCUCAUCCCAGCUCUGGCUUUAUUGGACACCACGUUUUUAGCAUGUUUUUAAAUAAAAAUGGAUAACGUGUCAAAGGCACAA